AUGGCAGAUACUACUGUGAAUGAGGCCACUGAGCUACCACGAAUGCAACCAACAGUCUCGCCCAAUCCGCUACAGCUUCAGCCAGGGUCCGAACAGGAAAUCACACUGGCGGAAAACAAUGUAGAGGCGGACACAAACGAUGGCGCGUCGUCACAGGGGGACGAUACCUGGGACGAAGGUUUCGACAGCAGGAGCGUAGGCAAUCACUCGGCCUCGACCUCACUGUCAAACAGCGUACGCGACUAUAUCUUCGAGAAUACACGGCGGUAUCACAAAUACAUGGAGGGGAGGUACUUGAUGCCCAACGACGAGCCGGAGCAGGAACGUGAAGAUAUGAAACAUGCCAUGUGCGUCAACGUCAUGGACGGGAAGCUCCAUUGUUCACCGCUGGAUGGCCCACAUAAGAUUAUUGACAUCGGAACGGGGACGGGGAUAUGGGCGAUCGAUAUGGGCGACGAGUUCCCUGAGGCUGAGGUCGUCGGCAUCGACCUCAGUCCUAUUCAGCCAACCUGGAUCCCUCCCAACGUCCGCUUCAUCGUUGACGAUGCAGAGGCCGAAUGGGUUUGGCCUGAAAACUCGGUUGACUUUGUCCACGCACGACACAUGUGCAUGGCCAUCAAGAACUGGCCGCGUCUGCUAUCGCAAACAUACAAUUCUCUGAAGCCUGGAGGCUGGGUUGAGCUGCAGGAGCUACGGUUCCACCUCCAGUGCGACGAUGGAACGAUGCCGGGGCCAGACCAGUAUGGGUACGGCCGGUUUGUCGAUCUGUGCAUGGCCGGUUUUCGAAGCUUCGGCAUUGAUCCACUGGCGAUGGAGAGAAACCGAGAAAUGCUCCGCGCGAGCGGCUUUGAGAAUGUUGUGGAGAAGGUGUGGAAGGUGCCCAUCGGAACAUGGCCACGGGAUCAGAAGCUCAAGACGAUUGGGCUAUACAACCGGAGUAUGCUUAUCGACGCGUUACAGGCUGUCAGUAUGGCACCGUUGACGAGGGGAUUAAAAUGGAGUCCGGCUGAGGUGGAAAUAUUCCUGAUUGAUGUGCGCAAGAGUUUACUGAACUCUUCGAUACACUCUUAUCUGACCUUUCAUGUCGUUUAUGGGCAAAAGCCGGUUGGUGCCUAG